UUCUGACCUCGAAAAUGGAUAAUGGAAAUGAAAAAGAAGAAAUUGGCUCUGUAAAUCGUGUUGUUUCUAUGCUAGAUGAGCUUGAAAAACGUGUUGAAGCAUUAAGAAAGCAAGCUCAGUAUAUAGAAGAAGAGAAAGAGCAACUACUAAGUACAUUGAACAAUGUACAACACAGCACUUGGGUUGCAGAUAUGGGAUCAGUGGAGAGAAGUGAGAUUGAAGCCAACGCAGAAAGACUGGUUUGUAGAUGUUUAACAGUGGAAGUCAGUGUCUCAACACCAAGAAAUACGGUACAAGAAACAGCUCUCAAAAAAGUCAAUGGAAUCCUAGAUCAACUGCAUGAACAAUUGAAACAAGGAGUAGCAGAAUCCGUGCACAGGGUUAAAACAUACUUGAACUCAUGUGCCAAUGAAUCUGAGAAAGUUGGCCCAGUUGAUAGGAACUUUGAGGGUGUCUUGAUUGACUGUACUGCUGAUGAUCAAAAGAAGAUAAAGGGAAGAUUACAGGCAUGGCUACAUGGACUGGAACAAGCACAUGUGAAGCUGAUCUGACAUCUCAGAUUGCACACUGUCUGCCUUGUAUUGGGGUGAUGUUCAGUUAUCAACAGUUGUGGAAGCUCCAAGUUAAUUUUAUUGAAAGGGGGGGGGUUAAAUGAUGAUUUCAUUGGAAGAGUGAUCUUUUUUUAGUUAUUCAAGAGAAAGACAUAUCUCAUUUUAAGAUUUCAUUAUGAGAGUAGGAGUGAGACAAACUAUUAUGAAAUUAACUUCAAUUUAUCACAACUGUUGAUAUAUAGACAUCAUCCCUUGUAUGAAUAAGAGUCCCUGAUUCAUAACUGUCCAUUCAUAAUACGACUGAGAGCCUCAAAUCCCGCAAAUCAUGACUGGUCAAUGAGAAAUCCUUUUUCCAAAUGAAUGAUAAUUUGG